AUGAUUAAAGUAAAAAUACCAUCAUAUUGCUCAGAUUCAAUUGAAAAUGAUGAUGAUAAUGAUUUUGUAUCGUCAUCAAGUAGUAAAUUAAAUUCGACAAUAUCAUCAUCACCAUCAAUAUUAAAAUCAAAUGAAAAUCAUACAAGUACAACAUCAAUCAAUGGUAACAUGAUGCCAGCAUCAAUUGUUCUUACACAUUUUUGUGAAACACAUGGACCAUCCGUUGUAUUUACAACACAUACUGAAAGAAUUUUAGAAAUCAAUAAUAAUAAUAAUAAUAAUAAUAAUAAUAAUAAUAAUAAUAAUAAUAAUAAUAAUAAUAUAGACCAACCACCACAACCACCAAUUGAUAUAUCACCAGUAUCAUUACCUAAUUUAUUUUCAAAAUAUAAUAAUAAUAAUGAAGAUGAAGAAUUUAAAACAUAUUCAGUAUUAUUAUCAAAUAGGAAUAAUGAAUCAUCUAAUACUACUACUACCACUACGACGACGACAACAACUAAACCAAAUUGUCCAACAUGUUCAUCAAUACCAUUAGGUAAUGCAUUAGUAUCACAAGAUAAUAGUAAUAAGAAUGUUUAUUAUGUUAGUACACAUCAAACAUCGAAUCAAAGUUAUUAUAGUGUUAUUAGAAAUGCAUGUGUUAGAAGUUUAAGUUGUGAAGCAGUAGUGGGUAGAGAAGGACCCGUUUUAAUUAGUAGUGGCGAUGGUCAUUGGUUAUCGUAUAUGUUUAAAAUCAAUGAUAGUCGUGCAAGGGGUAGCGCAAGAUGGUAUGGAUUUCUAUGUCUACUUAAGGAUCCAUCCUGUUUAGUCAAUUAUUAUAGUUGGUUAAUCGACUGUUUCAAAUCAUUAGCGGAAGAGAUGAAAAGGAAAACAAACGUUGUAUUUGAACGUGAAAAAUCACAACAGUCUCAUAAUAGUUCAAUGAUUUCAAAUAUCUAUAGAAGGGGCACUAGAUCUGUACCCUUAAAACUACUCUCUGAAUUAAUCGAAGAUCCAUUAUUCUUUACAAGAUUACAUAAAAGUUUUUGUAGUAUUCUCUCAAAUUGUCAAUUCAAAUAUCACCUUUUAAAAGGAAAUCAAUCAUUAUUAUCAGAACAAUAUGAAAUAAUUCAAUAUUUUAAAGAUAAUUUAAAAAAUUUAAAUAAUUUUGAUAAUAAUAAUAAUAAUAAUAAUAAUAUUAAAAAAUCAAAUAAUAAUAAUAAUCAAUCAAACAAUAAUAAUAAUAAUAAUAGUAAUAUAAGUGGAUUUAGUUUAAAUUUAAAUAUGUUAAAUGAUAGUAAUAUUAUAUUAUUAGAGAAUAGCUUUUUUCCAAGACAAGAGGAAUUGAUAUUAUCGUUAAGUCAAGUUAAUAGGAUAAUGGGUGAAGAUGCGUUUUCAAUAUUAGUUUAUAAUAUAAUCAUUGGUAAUCAAGUUAUUAUUAGAGGUCAAAAUGAAAGAUUGGUGACAUCAAUGGUAUCAGUUGUAAAGGAGAUACUACCAAAGGAGUGUGUUAAUGUAUGUAACUUUUCAAAUACUUUCAAAGAGUUGUGGGAAUGUAAUAUUCUAGGUUUGAAUACAUCCGCUGUUAUACCAUUACAUAUUGAUAAGGAUAUUUGUUGUAUUGUUGAUAUAGACUAUUAUGAUCUAUCAAAAGAACCCGAUGAUAUUGAUCAUCCAAAUAGAUCAACCAUUGAAAUCACUUGUUCAGGUUCAAAAUUCCCUUCAACUUUAGGUAUUGCAAUCGAAUCAAUUUAUAAACAAUAUUGUACAAUAACUUUAGAAAAUAUUCAAUUAAAAUCAAUUAAAGAAGAAUGGAUAAAUAAAUCAAAAUCAUUUUAUUCAAUUAAAACUAUUAUUGAGAAUGAAAAAGAUAAGAGAUUAUUUAGUUUUUUAAAUAUUAUAAAUUGUCAUCAUUUCGAAAAAGAUAUGGAGAUUUUAAUGUUUUGGUCAAUGUGUGCUAGGAAAUGGUUUAUUCAAUUUAAUAAAAGUUAA